UGAGUUGGUCCGACAGUUGAUGGAGCAUGGCACCGAAUGGCAGCUCUUGGAGGAGUUCGAAACCAUGCUCAAUCAUGUUCUUAGCACCAAACAAACCGUUUCAGCCAAUCCCACUACACAUUCUUGCACCACUCGUAGCUAUUCUCUUGGUUUCUGCUUCGAAACUGAUCCCACAAACUCUGUCCUAGAUGAUCUCCGGUCCAUUGCACGACGGCUGAGGUCGAUAGGAUGCCUCCGUGACUGCCAGGAAAUCUACAGCGCCAUUCGCGAGACGUUUUUCGAUGCCACUUUAACACGAUUCGGCAUUGUGAAGUUGAGCGCGGGUGUUGUGCAGAGAAUGGUGUGGCAAGAAUUGGAUAGGAUGAUCGGGCUCUGGGUUGGAGCAGCUCCCUUCCAUAUCCAUCUCAUUACCAUGGAAAUCCAUGCCUCUUUAAAGUUGAGAAUGCCCCAUUUCUGAUGCAAAUUGUAAGGGCUUAUGUAACGCCUUUUAUGGAUUUUGUCUCGGCGGUGGCCCGUGGUCGCCGUUGGUCGAAACGCCUGUUCGGGAUGUUGGAUUUGCAUGGCUGUUUAACGUUAAUGUUGCCCUCUCUGGAGCUACUAAAGUUGUCGGGAGCUGAUGCUUUGGUAAAGCAGGCGAAACAAAUAUUGUCUGCGCUGGAAGAGGCGGCCAGGGAGACAUUUCUGAGGUUCAAGAGAGCUGUGGUGGGGGACUUGUCGUGUGUGGCCAAUGUGAGAGAGGGUGUUCAUCACCUGACCACCUACGUAAUGGACUACCUGACGAGAAUGGUGUCGGGGUAGGCAAGUGCGAGUGGAUCGUGGCGAGGAAUAUCGACGACAUCCUCUGGAUUGGCGACACUUUUAGCGACAAAACGCUGCAUGUUCAUCACUGCGGUGACCAGCCGCCGCUAGCCUCACAUAUCAAACUGGUGAUUGCUAAUCUGCUGUGCAUUCCUAAAACUCCAUAGUUUCUCUUCUCACUUAGGUUUCUUCUCAUCAUUUCUCCAUUCUUCAACUUCCUGGAGUUCUUCUUCUUCUUCCAUUCCAUUGCCGAAGAACCUCUUGUUGAAUACCAUCUUGCUUAUGACAUUUCCACAGUAUUGUCGUGUGACAGUCCGGGCGUUAACAACAUGCAUGCCGCCGGUACCGGAGAUGUUGCACUGAUCGUAGAUGUAUUUAACGAGGUUAUUGGCUUCUUCCACCCUUUUAUCGUGAAGCGGAGGCUCGCCGGAGAAAGCACGCGGGAGUGGAGAACUCUUCGCAUUUUCGCCCAUUGAUCGCCGGUGGGGAGAAAGAUGGACGACAAGUAUCCGUUUCUGAUAAACCAAGGCGCUACUCAGCAGGAGUGGUCUCUGAUGAAUUUGGGGACUACGUAAUAUUAUUCAAACAUUCAAAGGGAGGAAGAAUUUGAGGAAGAAGACACUAAACAUAUGAAAAUACGUUUUUACCCCUAAUUUAAACAGCAAAAUAACGUUAGUUUCACGGAAGGACUAAUGGGGAAACGCUUUUGAUAGUCAAGGGUUUAAUUCGUCCAAAUUAAAAGAC